AGCGUCCAUCCGGCGGCGAGGCGGCAGCACCGGGGCCGGGCGUGCUGAUAAUAGGAAAAUCGCGGUCACCCGUGGCCGUUGACGGUCCGGUCAGCGGCAGGAGACGCACGGAUGCCGUUAGCGAGAUAACGUAUAAAGAGCGAGAUAACAAUGAAGCGCGGCUAACGUUAGCCGGCUAGGCGACACCCAGCGAUGUGUGGUCGUGCUCCCGAUCCAGCGCUGCCUUGGCCGCCGGCGGCUUCUAGUCAUGAUUUAUGGGCAGCAAUUGUGUUUUAUCAUCAUCCCCAUAAAGCGGCACCCUCCACGUAUUCGUUAUUAACCAGAAAAGGGUUCCAGGUUGGUGUGGCGAGAGAGCAACCUAACUGCGUUGAGGAGGACCGCCUUGGGCAUUGUGUCCCCGGCUCUCAAGUGACAAAGGAAGGGGCUUGGCAAACUGUUCUGCAGCAUGGAGAAGGAAGACCUGAAGAUUCUGAACAAGGGGGAGGAGGAGGAGAUGGAGUUGCAGGGCUACCGUCUGUGUCGAUGGCGGAUAGCCCUGGUGCUCCUCGGCGUGGUGUGUUCAGGGGGCUUUCUCCUCCUGCUGCUCUACUGGAUGCCAGAGUGGUGCGUGAAAUCCACCUGCACCCGCACCACAGCUCGUGAUGCCGAAGUGGUGUUGCUACGCUCCACGGAUGAGUUCCGGCGCUGGUUCCGGGCCAGAGUGCGAGUGAUGCUAGCCCCGGGGAGCAACCCCUUCCACAGCCUGGAGACCCAGACCACCUCUCAAUCCUCCCCUCCUCCUCCCCCCUCAUCUGCUCACUUUUUCCCCUUCACAACCUCCCCCACGCUGGCCAACGGACACACCUCUCACUCCUCCGAUGGCAUCUCCAAUCAGGAGCUCCUUAAAAGAUACUCAGACUACCAGCCCACACAAAUUCGCUAUUUUACCUUCCAUAGCACAAAGUAUUAUUGGGACGAUAAGGCGCAGAACUUCGAAGUUUUAACUGGGCUGGAGGAUCUGCAGAUCAGCUGCUCCACCCUUCAUUCGGCGCACACUGCAGGCCUGACCAGGAAUGAGCAGGAGUACAGGAGACUGUUCUUUGGAGUAAAUGAAAUUGCAGUGAAAGUGCCUUCUGUUUUCAAGCUGCUUAUCAAAGAGGUCCUUAACCCUUUCUACAUCUUCCAGCUCUUCAGUGUGAUCCUGUGGUGUACUGAUGAGUAUUACUACUAUGCUGGGGCUAUUGUUUUCAUGUCGGUCAUAUCCAUAGCUACCUCUUUGUACACCAUCAAAAAGCAAUACACCAUGCUUCACGAUAUGGUGGCAGCUCACAGUAUUGUUCGUGUUUCUGUAUGCCGAGCCGACAAUGUUAUUGAAGAGAUUAUGUCCACCGAUCUGGUGCCUGGUGACAUGAUGGUGAUUCCCAGCAAUGGAACCAUUAUGACAUGCGACGCAGUGCUGGUCAGCGGCACUUGUAUCGUCAAUGAAAGCAUGCUCACAGGCGAGAGCGUUCCUGUGACAAAGACCAACCUCCCAAACCCGGGGCCAGGGGACAGAAGAGACCAGGCUGAAAGUGCCUACAGCACAGAGGAGCAUAAAAGACACACUCUCUUCUGUGGCACCAAUGUCAUUCAGACCCGCUACUACACGGACGAGCUGGUCAAGGCUGUGGUGGUCCGAACAGGUUACAGCACAGCCAAAGGCCAGUUGGUGCGCUCCAUCCUGUAUCCCAAACCCACAGACUUCAAGCUGUACCGCGAUGCCUACCUCUUUCUUUUGUGUCUGGUGUUUGUGGCUGGAAUUGGCUUUAUAUACUGCAUCGUCCUCAGCGUUCUUCACGAAGUGCCGGUUGAGACCAUCGUCAUAGAAUCCCUGGACAUUAUCACCAUCACUGUGCCACCGGCACUGCCAGCAGCCAUGACGGCUGGCAUUGUGUACGCCCAGCGACGCUUAAAGAACAUUGGCAUAUUCUGCAUCAGCCCUCAGAGGAUCAACAUCUGUGGGCAAAUCAAUCUGGUUUGCUUUGACAAGACUGGAACCCUGACGGAAGAUGGACUAGACAUGUGGGGAGUUCAGAGAGCAGAAAAUGGCCGUUUCCACCUCUCAGAGGAAGAUACCUGCAAAGACAGUCUUGUAAAGUCCCAGUUUGUGGCAUGUAUGGCCACCUGUCACUCUCUGACCAAAAUAGAGGGCGAGCUGUCGGGAGAUCCACUGGACCUUAAAAUGUUUGAGGCUACAGGCUGGAUCCUGGAGGAGGCCACAGAGGAGGAGACAGCUCUGCAUAACCAAAUCAUGCCAACUGUGGUUCGACCCCCAAAGCAGCUCUUGCCUCCGGAACCUGCUUUAUCAUCAGAGGAGGACAUGGAACUCUAUGAGCUCUCGUCAAGAUAUGAGAUCGGUAUCGUGCGCCAGUUUCCUUUUUCCUCGGCUCUCCAGAGAAUGAGUGUGGUGGCUCGCCGGCUGGGGGAGAAACGUAUGGAUGCUUACAUGAAAGGGGCACCAGAGGUGGUGGCUAGUCUUUGCAAGGGUGAGACAGUGCCAGAAAACUUUUCAAAGGUGUUGGAAGACUACACAAAGCAGGGUUUUAGGGUCAUUGCUGUUGCUCAUCGUCGUCUCGAAUCCAAACUCACCUGGCACAAAGUUCAAAACAUCAACAGGAGUAACAUAGAGACAAACAUGGAGUUCCUGGGUUUGAUCGUCAUGCAGAACAAGCUGAAGGCAGAAACCCCGGGGGUGCUUCAAGACCUCCGUAAAGCCAACAUCCGCACUGUCAUGGUUACUGGUGACAACAUGCUGACUGCAAUAUCGGUGGCUCGAGACUGUGGAAUGAUUCCUUCACAGGACACGGUCAUCAUUGCUGAUGCCCUUCCUCCCCGUGAUGGACAGGCUGCCAAGAUAACCUGGAGAUAUGCUGACAAGCCAAGUAAACUAUCUCAUCUAGAGGAAGUGAACAUCAGCCUGGAGGAUGUGUGUGAUGUGGAUAAGUCCAAAACGCAGGAACGCUACUACCACUUUGCCAUGAACGGAAAAUCCUUCGCUGUAAUUUCAGAGCAUUUCCCUGACAUGCUUCAAAAGCUGGUGUUGCAUGGGACAGUGUUUGCCAGAAUGGCUCCGGACCAGAAAACACAGCUUAUUGAAGCACUACAGGGUGUUGACUACUUUGUGGGCAUGUGUGGAGAUGGAGCGAACGAUUGUGGGGCUCUAAAGAGGGCUCAUGGUGGCAUCUCUCUGUCGGAGCUCGAGGCCUCGGUAGCGUCUCCGUUCACUUCCAGGAACCCCAACAUCUCCUGUGUUCCCAGCCUCAUCAGAGAAGGACGUGCUGCUCUCAUCACCUCCUUCUGUGUGUUCAAGUUCAUGGCACUCUACAGCAUCAUCCAGUACAUCAGCGUCACUCUUCUCUACUCCAUCUUUAGCAACCUUGGUGACUUUCAGUUCCUCUUUAUCGACAUUGCCAUCAUCCUCGUCGUAGUUUUUACCAUGAGUCUGAACCCUGCGUGGAAAGAGCUGGUGCCACGUCGCCCCCCAUCUGGUCUUAUCUCAGGGCCUCUGCUGUUCUCUGUACUGACCCAGAUCCUGAUCUGCUUGGGCUUCCAGAGCCUUACAUUCAUUUUGGUUAAACAGGAAGACUGGUACACGGUCUGGAAACCAUAUACUGAUGUCUGCAACACGUCAUCGCAAAAUAACAUUUCUGGCCACAACGAAACAAAAGAAGACGACCACAACAUUCAAAACUUCGAGAACACCAGCCUCUUCUAUGUCUCCUCCUUCCAGUAUCUCAUUGUCGCCAUAGUUUUCUCCAAGGGCAAACCUUUCAGACAGCCUAGUUACAAGAAUUGGCCUUUCAUGGCGUCUGUAUUGAGUCUGUACUUUUUCCUGCUGUUCAUAAUGCUCUAUCCUGUGCAAAGCAUUGACAAUUUUCUAGAGAUUGUGUGUGUCCCGUUUCAUUGGAGGCGAACGCUUGUCCUUAUCAUCAUAGUCAAUGCUGCUGUGUCUUUUGUGGUUGAGACCUUCAUCCUUGACAUCGUCUUAUGGAAGCUUGUGUUCAGCCGAGACAAACAGGGCAGCUUUGGCGUCACUCCUGCCGCCCCGACACCACAGAGGGGAAUUGACCUGCAGGAGAACAAAUGUCUGUCUUGGCUGAACUACCCACGCAGCAUGCCCAAGGCCCGCUACAUGCAUUUGGCCCAGGAGCUCAGCGUGGAUCCCGACUGGCCUCCAAAGCCAACGACGACUACUGAAGCCAAGCCCCAUCCUGACUCCACCUAUGAAAUCAUGAUCCACUCCUAGCACCUCCACGCUCUUUCCCAAUAUCAAGUAAUUUUAUCCAAGAGACUUUCAUAAAUGAAAUUAAAUUAAAUUAAAAGUAGUGAUUUCCAAAUGCACUUUACAUAGAAUUGUCAGGAUGAAUGCUUGACAUCACUGUUUAGAGAUUCUCAUCUGAUUAAGUAGAUCCAGAGAUAUUUUAGCAAAAACUAUUAAGAUACACAUAAAUACCAAAUAAAGCCAAGUUUAAAUAUAAUUUACUCUCUAGCUUGUCCACUUGCCUAUUCUCAAGGUGUCUUGACCAGGAUCAAUAUCUUUGAAUCCCACUUAAUUUACAAUUUCAUAUUUGGUAUAAAAAGCAAUAACAAGGCACCAUGGUUAAAAUUAGAUUAGAAAUGACUACUACUGUGGCAUUUGAAAAGAUACAGUAUAGCAUAGAUAUUUACACGCGGAUGCCUCAUGUGAGCUGGCGAGUUUUUUUUCUUUAGCUACCAUAUUGAAAGCAGUGUUGUUCAGACUGCACUGUAAUAACCUGUAUAAACGUAUAUGCUGUACAUACAGUGCAUGUAUCUAUGGGUUACUGUGAAACUCUCAUAAUAUAGAACAGGUCUUGGAUGUUUCAUAUAAAAAAACAUGAAUUUCAUUCAUUGUUAAAAUGCUAAAACGUGACUCGCAAUUUAAAUGUGUAAAAUAUAAAUUGUCAGUACAAACUGAAAUUAGAAAUUUCAAUUUUAAAAGUAUGAAAAUUAGGAAAUAUUGCUUGAUUUAUAAAAUAUACUAGGUGUAAAAAUGUUUUAUCAAUUAAUUCUGUAUUAAUGGAAAGCUCUCGUGGCUGCCAUUUUACAGUUGGCUAGGAAUAAAAGAAUGUCUUUAGGAAGUCAUUUCUAAGUUUAUCUCUAAAAUUAGAUUCACAUUACAAUGGUUUUCUGAGGUGUUUCGUUUAAGCGGUUUGUAACUAUUCAUAGUUAUAUUUCUGACAUUUGCAUUAAACCAGAGUUGUAAAACAUGGAUAGAAUGCCUGAAACAACAGCAGCCUCUCAUCUGGCAUCUACCUGUGUAUAUCUAUGCCUCCACAGUAAAUUGUGUGAAUGGGAUGUUUUAAUUUAUUCAUACAAUGAUACACAAAAGAACGUGUAGCCAUGCCAGCUUACUAGACAACAGAUAAGUUCAGAACAUCAUAGGUCUUAAAUCUAAUAAGUAAUAAAUUCUCAGAAGCUCCAUGCUUCAUUGAACGUCGUAAUAUAGCAUGUUUACAUAGAAUGCAAACAAAUUAAGUAUUUUAAUGCAUCAAAACAUGUUUGUGUAAUACGUGAUAAGCUUUAAACUUUUUUUUUCUUUUUUUUUUUUUGCUGCCAACGUGACUACAAACCUUUAAAAUUAUGUUUGGAUAUUUAAAAGCCAUGUUCUCUCAGACAGGAAACUGAAAGAAUCGAUACUUGCAUGAAGCCAGUUCCAUUGGUUUAAUAGAAGAAAGAUAAAUGUGAAUGCCCAGCGUUAUAGUAAAAUUAGAAAGCAUUUACAUUGACUUCUCAGAAUUAAAACGUCCAAACAGGGGCAGCAUGAAUCCUGCUGAUGGACAGACAGUUAAUAUCAUGCAUGAAACAAGAUAAAUCGCACCACUCCACGUCUAAAAAAAAAAAAAAAAAAAUUCUAUCACGUUGGCUAGAUGAAGCCAGACGAUGAAACCUUCUAAAUUUAUUUUUUUAAACAGCAUUUCUUCCUAUGGAAGACUGAUUAAUGGCAUCGCACUCAAUUACAGUAACGAACUGUGCAUCCCAUCCAGUCGCUGCUCUUGCCAUCUUCAUAACAACUAGCAUAGGUUGAAUGCGACAUACCAUGUUAAACUGUACUGAUGUAUUACACAUACUGUAGGCUAUCUGCAUACACAGUCAAGGGCUAUGUUUUCUAAUCACUGUUCUUUCACAUGUAAAGAGAUCCUCUCCUAAAGUCUGUUUUUUCCUCUUUACCUUUUUUAAAUUAAAAAUGUUUUCUGAUUAUUCAGUCUGUUGUACAGUAACUAAUUAAAAGACAUACUGAGAUUAGACUUCAGUAGGACGUUAAGGAGGAAUUUUUAGUUUCUUUUAAACUGCUACUACUGGAUCUACUGAAAGGUGGUCACAGCCACUGUAGGGGAAAUGUACAUAAAAUGCAGACUUUGGGUAGAGCAUGUCUUCUAAGCAGGAACACCCACAUCACUUCAGGAGAUUCACUGUCGGUAUAAGUGUAUACAAACCAACCUGCCUUUCAUCAAGUGUUUUUAAGAUUCCCAAAGCAUUUCCUGAGCACAGUGUGAAACAACUGUAAUUUUUUGCCUUUUCAUGACGAUGUUUAUCAAAUUGUUCCUCAAAUAAUGUAACACUGCUGUUACUGCUGUAAUUGUACCUACUGUCAUAUCAUGUGUUACACACAACAUUUAGUCUGUCUUUUUGUAAAUUCAGUGACUUCAUUUACAAAAAAAAGAUCACUGUCCUACCGUUGUGUCAGUAACAGCAUCUAAACAAGUUAAAAGCCAUUGUCACUAAAUACUUGCAGUAUUUGUAAUACUGUACACAUGCAUAUGAAAUCUAUGACCCAUAGUUUUUAUAUUGCAACAGUGACUAUACUUUAAAUUGAUAUUUUGUUUAUUGAACCGUUAGUUUCUUGUGGGCAGCCUCUGAGAAAGUUUUAAUGUAGACAAAACUGGUGAUAAAUGCAUAAAUGUACAUUCUUGUGCCAAGUAGCAAGAAAACUAUGAUUCUUCAUCAGUAGAAUGUUUUGGCUUUUGUUUUGUUUAUUUUAGCGAUGUUGCAAUGUAAUUGUUGCUUUUUCUAGACACUUACUGAGUCUAAAAUUGAAUGUUGUGUAAAGAAGAAUAUUUAACCUAAUGCAAUUAUGGUUAUUGCGUCCAUUUCCAAAGAUUUUCCAUAAAAUUUGAGUUGUUCUUUUUAGAGAGCUUUUAUUUUUGGCCUCUGCUUAGUUCUGUCAAAUCAUGACCAGAAUUUGUAAUUAAAAAUUAGAGCUGUCUGUCUGUAUAUAUGAAGUGUACAUUUCUAAAGAGGUAUCAAAGUAAAAUGAUUUAGUUGAGUUAUUAAAGGGCUGCUGUCUUGUUGUCUACUCUUUUGGUACUGUGCUGGAUCUUUUCAGCUUUUGAUUUGUGUGUACUUUUGAUCUAGAAUUGCUUUAUUUGAGCUUCCUUUUUUGGGCAUUACUGCCGGGCAUUUUUUUUUUCACAUUUUGAAGUGAUAAUUGUGAAGGAUAUUUAGGACACCCGCUUCAGUAUUUAUUCUGUGGUGUUCGAAUAAAGCUUUAUUCGAAUAAAGCUUUAUUCGAACUUUAACUGUUCUGAAGAGAGAAUUUUCUCUGCUGCUUGCCAGAGUAGAUCUUCUUCUCAACGUUUCCAUUUUAUUUCAUGUCUGUACAUGGUAAACAUCUAAAAAUCUCAUACAAGAAGGGAACUGAAGCAAAUUCAAAAUUUGAAAAACAUUUGACAAUCGUGUUGAUUUUCUGAUUUUAUGUGUGUUUUUGUUUUUUCGUGCUUGGGGUUUUACAAUAUUUAGGGCUGAAUAGAAUAUCAUUGUCAAAAAUUUGCAUUGCUGCUGCAUUUACAAUCUGUUGUGGAAUUGUUUUUUUUUCUGUAUCAUAGCCACACCUUGUUAAAGAAGACUUAUCAUUAUCACAGUUUUUAUUGCUAAAUGCUACAGCUUUCGCCUUGACACAGCAAUGACUUUAAUGUUGAAUCUUUUUGCUCUUAUACAGGUACCACAGAUACUGUACCAAGAUUUGACAGAUUUGACAGCCUUAGCCAUUAUGUAUUUUAAACAAUCUACUGAAUGGCAUUUAGAUUGACUCGGCCACUGAGUGUAUUAGACUCACAUGGAUGUUGCUUGUAGGAAACACAGAAAAUUAAGUUAUACCCAGCUGUGAUGAAAAUAAAUUGUGGGGCUGCAGCAAAUAUUGUACAAUUUGUAUUUCAGUUUUUUUUAGUACUUUAUUUGUGUUUUGUACUUUAAUUUAUUUUUAAUUUAUUUUUCAUAUGGUUUCCCCUGAGGAUUGUAUUUCAGAUUUAUCUUGAUUUAUUCCUUCUCAAUAAAUAUUCAUGAAAUGA